AUGGCUGCGGUAGCGUCACCCCUUCUGAGCGGCGCCUCAUCCAGCUUCCGCCAACCGCGAGGUCAGCCGAGCGACCGCAAUGCUAGCGCAGCUAGUCCAGCAGCGAAUAUGACGUCCAAGCCUUCGAGUCCUGCUGUCCCCGAAGAUGUCCCGGAAGACAUCUUGGAGGACUCCGAGUUCGUGGAACCUGUUUGCGGAGGCUGCAAGAAAAUGAUCGAUGAGGAAUCAGCAGAGCAGGGAGUGAUUCAGUUUGCGUGAGUGACAUCGGAGGAGCAAAUGCUCCAGCCUUUACGAGAGUGCAGGUGCAUGUAUGCUGCAGGCACUGAGAUCACAGCAUCAACGAUGCCGUUCAUACAUUUCAGAGCACAAUUAUGGCAUGUCGACUGCUUCAGAUGCGCCAAAUGCCAGAACCCCGUCUCAACGGAUCGUGAUGACAUUCUACUGCUAUCGGACGGACACCCGAUUUGUGGUCAAUGCAACUACUCCUGUCAGAUUUGCGGCUUGCCCAUCAUGGAGGAGGUGAGUCCGCCAAAGUUCCACCCGAGGCCAGUCAUCUGAUUGUUAGAGCGGCCCACCACUCACAGGCCAUCAUGACGGGUGACGAGUCGUAUCACGCAUCUUGCUUCACUUGCCGGUCCUGCCAUACGCCGAUUGAAGAGCUUGUAUUUGCCAAGACGAGUCAGGGCAUCUAUUGCAUGUCCUGUCACAAUGAACGCGUGGCAAGAAGCCGGAGAAAUGCCGCCAACAAGCGCAGCAAGGCCAAGGUGUGUCCGCAUUGCUGCUCUCAAGGACCGCACACGUGGUGCACUGCUGAUUGUCCGGACUUCACUUUGACCAGCAGCAGCAGCAACAAUCCUCCAAAGGUUCGUCGUCUCGCGAUAGGCAGGGCUCCGCUCCACCGACAAACGACUUGCGAUCUCCGUCAGCUCAGGGACACGCAUCACCAUCGCCGAGCAAUCAAGACGGCUUAUCUCAAGGGGUCAAAGGUAGUUCUCAAGACGAUCUGCGUGCCCAUUCUAACGAGAGUACGCAGGACUCUGAAACUCCUCGAGAGUUGCAGACAGGUAGCCCGUGGCAAGGAUCUUCACAGGGCAAACCCUCGGCUGGACCUUCGAAAAGACCAACUGCACCUCCUGCAGCGCCGACUCUGCGUGAGCUUCGGGCGGCGGCGGCAGCUGGGAACAUGAACGGGCUGCAGGGUUCGAGUUCAGGUGUUUCGCCAGGUGCGAGCAAGGUGGGGCAGGCGGACGGAGCAACUUGGACUAAGCACAAUAUUAAUGGGAGCGGUGAUGGCAUAAUUUCGGAGACAGCUAAAGCCGCUUCAUCUCAUACGCGGACCGUAAGCGGCUCGAGCAGCAUACGUAAUGAGACAUUGCUGGACGUCAGCCCUAGCAAUAACGAUGGCUCGCAGACAGCACGCCUGCCUUCUAAAAAUUCUAGCGUUGGACUAGGCAUACAAGAUCGAAAUACCGCACCUUCCAGCGCACCUCCAUCUACGGAUACGUAUGGAGCGCGUGAAGCAGAGUCAGCCAAUCGAACGAGGACGUCCACCGAACAAGCCACAAGCUUUGCACCUCGUAGUCGUUCAGGCUCUAAGGCCAGUCAAACCUUAUCACCACCCACCGAUAGUCUUACAGUGGCGUACGGCUCCCCGAAAGGCAAUUCGGAACGCCUUUCCAAAGCUUUCAGCUUCUACGACCCAGAUUUUGUCAGCCUCAUGGACUCUUUUGGCAAAUUUGGGGACGCAGACGAAAGCACGUUGGAGGCGCUGCGGAAGUCGCCUGCGAGCAAGAAAGUAUUGCCUCUCGCCACGCGUUCACCCAGACAGCAUGGCCGCGAUGUCCCGUCGACCCGAUCUGCCGAGCCUGCCGUGUCGGCUCUUCGCGUAGUCGGCGAGGAGGGGAGCAGCAGCACCGAUAGUAAUGCAGACAUCGACUUGGAGGGAUCUAAGGAGGAAGAGGAGGAAGACGCCAGUGCUUUCCAAAGCCCCAAAGGGGCGGACAAUGCACGAGCUAAGGUGCGAGAGUCCAUGCGGGAGGCUCGGGAUGGUCGCAUGGACGUCGAUACCGCCUUUGUCGAAGCGAUUCUCAAUGACUUGGACGACACCAAGGAACGCAUGAAGACUUUGCAACAUCGUUACGAUAAGAUGAAGGUAUGUUUUGCUUGGCGAUGUCUCCUGCACUACAAGACUGACUGUAGCCAACGUGGUCUUCACAGCGCGCGAGUCAGACAGCCGCACGUGGCUUCUCAUCGGCACGGGACGAGUACGAGGCGGAGGUGCAGGCGAGGUUCGAAGCCGAGUCCGAGAUGCUCCUUCUGAAGAAAAAGCUUGUCGAGCAGUCUUCGAAGCUUGCUGAAAUAUCCACCGAGAAGAAGAAAGCUGAACAUCUGCAGCGCCGCUCUCACCAGGUGAAAUCGACGCUGGAGGGUAUGGAACGGGACAUCGCAAAGCUCUCCGCCGAGCGCGAUCUUCACGUAGCUGAGGUUGCAGAGCUGGUCGCGAUGCGCUCAGAGAGGCAGUCGAGCGGAGGCGAGUCUUUGAAGGUGCAGGAAAACGGAUCUGCAUCUGACCUUCAGCGGAACCUGAGCGUCAGACUGGAGGGCGUCAAGGAGAAGUAUCGCAAAGAGAUCGAUGAGCUCACUUUCGAGCGCGACGCGCUCAUGAUUGAGAUCGAAGAGCUCAAGCAAUCGCGCGACGUGUUCUUAGAAGAGUCGCAAACCCUCAACCAUCGAAACGAAGAGCUCAAUGGCAUUCUGACUCAGCUGACACGCAACGUCGAGGCAGCACAGGUCCGCGCCGAUCAGCAAGCAUACCAACAACAAUUCAGAGAGAACCUCCCGCCGGUGCCACGAGAUCUGCGAGAACGCGCCAUGUCUGGAGCUGGUGGAAGAUCCCCAGGCGGUAAAUUAGGCACAGGAUCUCCUUCCGUGUCGUCUCUUAACGCGGACACCCUAACAUCAGCUUCGGCUAGCGCUUCCGACACGACCAUUCAAACGGGAACAUCUCUACAGCGCGUCAUGCCGAUAUCAAAGAUAGAGGCAGCGCCGCCGAAGAAGUUCAAAUGGAUGAAGCCGAAACUACAGGAUGCAGCAAGGGUAGCAGUCGCUGCUGCAUCUAUGCCGCUCGGUCAGUCUCCUCCUGUGCCGCCGAAGUCGAUGAACGGUUCUAGCGGCGCUAGCUCGGAAAAGUAUCAAGGCUCUGCCUCCGCAGUGCAAAACUCUUUGGCGCAUCAACAAGGACGCGACAAUGCUCGCAACGCAUCGAACGAGAUCGUGGUGCGAGAGCACCUAUUCCAGCCAUUCUCUGCGCUGCGACCCUUGCGAUGCUUUGCGUGUCAGAAGAGUAUGUGGGGCCAAUCGGAAGUACGAUGCGCUCUCUGCGGCCAAGCCUGUCAUCAGCGAUGUCUUCAGAGUCUGCCCACCUCGUGCAAUCAACCGUUUACUCGAGGAGAGGACAAUCACGAGCCAACGGGCCCUUCAAUGUUUGGCAGGCUACUCGUCGACCAGGCAGCUGCAGAAGGUCGAGAUAUUCCCAUUGUCGUCGAAAAAUGCAUCUCUGCCGUCGAGGCCAUGGGUGAGUCGGGCUCUCGAUUAUUCAGAGUAAGGAUCUGACCAGGCCUACUCACCGUUUCGUUUUGCUUUUGAAUCUAGGCAUGGACUACGAGGGCAUCUACAGGAAGUCAGGCGGCACUUCACAGCUGCGUGUCAUUACCCAGCUCUUCGAGCGCGGUCAGCCAUUCAACUUGGAAGAUGUGGACCGCUUCAACGACGUGUCUGCAGUCACUUCGGUCUUGAAGAAUUACUUCCGCGAGCUUCCGGAACCUUUGUUGACCUUUGACCUACAUGAAGACUUUAUUCGUGCUGCGGAGCUCAAGGGCGAUCCAGGCGCGCGCGAGGCGGAACUACGAGAUUUAGUGCAGCAACUCCCUCGUCAGCAUUUCAACACUCUCCGAGCUCUAAUCAAGCACCUUCACCGAGUGCGGCUGUCCAGCGAAGAGAAUCGCAUGACCGCUAGGAAUCUGGGCGUGGUUUUCGGACGUGAGUUAUGCCCCAAAAGAUGAUAUGCUCAAGCAUUGCUCAACACUGCGCUGACCUUGGACUCCUUCUUUCAUAGCAACUCUGAUGCGCUCUGGAGAUCCGUCUAAGGAAUUCGCGCACAUGGGAGGAAAGGCCAUGACUAUCGAGUGUGAGUGGCGUGCCGCAGCCACUGCGAAAUGGCAAGUCGCAGGCUGACCGUGCAUCUCGCCUAUUAUCCCAGAUAUGAUUGAAAAUCCUGAAAUCUUCAACUCGCUUCGUUGA